GAAGUCGAGCCGGACGAUGGGGGAGGGAGGGGCGAUGUGAUGGGCUGCGAGUAGGCAGCGGGGCCUGUCCCGCGGACGAGCCCGUCCGGCUGAUUCGAAGGGAAAAGUAGUUCCCGGAGGGUGUUGGAACGGGCGGGGAGGGAGGCGGUGCGGACGGAGGCUCACGCCGGGAGCGGUGCUGCGGCUCAGCUGAUAAUUGAAGGGACCCGAGGAGCCGCCGCCGACGCUGCCGCCGGGGGGGGGUGGGGGGAGCGAGUGGAAGUUACUGCCGCGCCACCGAGUCCGGACCGGAGACUUUGGGGCCCAACUAGGUCUCAGCUUAAGAUAUCUCUUCAGAGAGGUAUUACCUGUGAAUGGUAGUGUCUAGAAAGGGUAUGUCCCUUCAAGAGAGAGGUGCCAAUGUCCAACCGGCCUAAUAACAAUCCAGGGGGGUCACUGCGACGUUCACAGAGGAACACUGCUGGGGCCCAACCACAAGACGACUCAAUAGGAGGAAGGUCACAUUUAGGGCAGGCAAAACAUAAGGGAUAUAGCCCUCCUGAGAGUAGAAAAUCUAAUUCUAAGGCACCCAAAGUGCAGUCUAAUACUACUUCUGAACUGUCAAGGGGACACCUUUCUAAAAGAAGCUGCAGUUCAUCAUCUGCUGUCAUAGUCCCACAACCAGAGGAUCCAGACAGAGCCAAUACUUCAGAAAGGCAGAAAACGGGGCAGGUGCCUAAGAAAGACAAUUCUCGAGGAGUGAAACGCAGUGCUAGUCCAGACUACAACAGGACCAACUCUCCUAGCUCUGCAAAAAAACCCAAAGCACUUCAGCAUACUGAAUCUCCCUCAGAAACAAGUAAGCCACACAGUAAGUCAAAGAAGAGACAUUUAGACCAGGAGCAACAACUGAAAUCUGCACAGUCUCCAUCAACAAGCAAGGCUCAUACCAGGAAGAGUGGGGCCACUGCUAGUUCACGGAGUCAGAAAAGAAAGAGGACAGAGAGUUCUUGUAUAAAGAGUGGUUCUGUGUCGGAAGCAACUGGUGCCGAAGAGAGAUCUGCAAAACCUACCAAGCUGGCUUCAAAAUCAGCCGCCUCAGCCAAAGCUGGGUGUAGCACCAUCACCGAUUCUUCUUCUGCUGCCUCUACUUCCUCCUCGUCUUCUGCUGUAGCCUCGGCCUCCUCUGCUGUUCCACCAGGUGCCAGGGUGAAACAAGGAAAAGACCAGAACAAGGCCAGGCGUUCCCGUUCAGCAUCCAGCCCCAGUCCAAGAAGAAGUAGCAGGGAGAAGGAACAGAGUAAAACUGGUGGCUCUUCAAAAUUUGAUUGGGCUGCUCGUUUCAGCCCUAAAGUUAGCCUUCCUAAAACAAAACUGUCUCUUCCAGGGUCUUCUAAGUCAGAGACAUCAAAACCUGGACCUUCUGGAUUACAGGCCAAAUUAGCAAGUUUAAGAAAAUCUACCAAGAAGCGCAGCGAAUCCCCACCUGCUGAGCUCCCCAGUUUGAGGCGGAGCACACGCCAGAAGACCACGGGCUCCUGUGCUAGUGCCAGUCGGCGAGGCUCUGGCCUGGGCAAAAGAGGAGCAGCUGAAGCGCGUCGACAGGAGAAGAUGGCAGACCCUGAGGGCAACCAGGAGACAGUGAAUUCUUCAGCCGCACGGACGGACGAAACUCCCCAAGGAGCGGCAGCCUCUAGUUCUGUUGCAGGGGCUGUGGGCAUGACCACUUCUGGGGAGAGUGAAUCGGAUGAUUCCGAGAUGGGACGAUUGCAAGCUCUGUUAGAGGCCAGGGGUCUUCCUCCUCACCUGUUUGGUCCUCUUGGUCCUCGGAUGUCACAACUUUUCCAUAGAACAAUUGGAAGCGGAGCUAGUUCUAAGGCCCAGCAGCUUCUGCAAGGACUACAAGCAAGCGAUGAAAGCCAGCAACUCCAGGCAGUUAUUGAGAUGUGUCAGUUAUUGGUCAUGGGAAAUGAGGAGACACUGGGAGGGUUUCCUGUCAAGAGUGUUGUUCCAGCUUUGAUAACAUUACUGCAGAUGGAGCAUAAUUUUGAUAUUAUGAACCACGCUUGUCGAGCCUUAACAUACAUGAUGGAAGCACUUCCUCGAUCAUCCGCUGUUGUAGUAGAUGCAAUUCCUGUCUUUUUAGAAAAGCUGCAAGUUAUUCAGUGUAUUGAUGUGGCAGAGCAGGCCUUGACGGCCUUGGAGAUGUUAUCACGUAGACACAGUAAAGCCAUUCUACAGGCGGGUGGUUUGGCAGACUGCUUGCUGUAUCUAGAGUUCUUCAGCAUAAAUGCCCAAAGGAAUGCACUAGCAAUUGCAGCCAAUUGCUGCCAGAGUAUCACGCCAGAUGAAUUUCAUUUUGUGGCAGAUUCCCUCCCAUUGCUAACCCAAAGGCUAACCCACCAGGACAAAAAGUCAGUAGAAAGCACUUGCCUUUGUUUUGCACGUCUCGUGGACAACUUCCAACAUGAGGAGAAUUUACUCCAGCAGGUUGCCUCCAAAGAUCUGCUAACAAAUGUUCAACAACUAUUGGUAGUAACUCCACCAAUUCUAAGUUCUGGGAUGUUUAUAAUGGUGGUUCGCAUGUUUUCUUUGAUGUGUUCCAACUGUCCAACUUUAGCGGUUCAACUUAUGAAGCAAAACAUUGCAGAAACACUUCACUUUCUCCUGUGUGGUGCCUCCAAUGGAAGUUGUCAGGAACAGAUUGAUCUUGUUCCACGAAGUCCUCAAGAACUGUAUGAACUGACAUCUCUGAUCUGUGAACUUAUGCCAUGUUUACCAAAAGAAGGCAUUUUUGCAGUUGAUACCAUGCUGAAGAAGGGAAACGCACAGAACACAGAUGGUGCGAUAUGGCAGUGGCGUGAUGACCGGGGCCUUUGGCAUCCCUAUAACAGGAUUGACAGCCGGAUCAUUGAGGUAGCAGCCCAUCAGGUCGGUGAGGAUGAGAUAAGCUUGUCCACUCUGGGACGAGUUUAUACUAUUGAUUUUAAUUCUAUGCAGCAAAUCAAUGAGGACACGGGAACAGCACGUGCCAUUCAGAGAAAACCUAACCCCUUAGCCAAUACUAACAGUAGUGGAUAUUCAGAGUUAAAGAAGGAUGAUGCUCGAGCACAGCUUAUGAAAGAGGAUCCGGAACUGGCUAAGUCUUUUAUUAAGACAUUAUUUGGUGUUCUUUAUGAAGUGUAUAGUUCCUCAGCAGGACCUGCGGUCAGACAUAAGUGCCUUAGAGCAAUUCUUAGGAUAAUUUAUUUCGCGGAUGCCGAACUUCUAAAGGAUGUCCUGAAAAAUCAUGCUGUUUCAAGUCAUAUUGCUUCCAUGCUAUCAAGCCAAGACCUGAAGAUAGUAGUUGGAGCACUUCAGAUGGCAGAGAUCUUAAUGCAGAAGUUACCUGAUAUUUUUAGUGUUUAUUUCAGAAGAGAAGGUGUAAUGCAUCAAGUAAAACACUUAGCAGAAUCGGAAUCAUUGUUGACAAGUCCACCAAAGGCAUGUACGAAUGGGUCAGGAUCCUUGGGGUCCACGACAUCUGUCAGCAGUGGAACAGCCACGGCUGCCACUAAUGCCUCAGCUGACUUGGGGUCCCCCAGCUUGCAGCACAGCAGAGAUGAUUCUUUAGAUCUGAGCCCUCAAGGUCGAUUAAGUGAUGUUCUAAAGAGAAAACGACUGCCAAAACGAGGAUCAAGAAGGCCAAAGUAUUCACCUCCAAGAGAUGAUGACAAAGUAGACAAUCAAGCUAAAAGCCCCACCACUACUCAGUCACCUAAAUCUUCUUUCCUGGCAAGCUUGAAUCCAAAAACGUGGGGAAGGUUAAGCGCACAGUCUCACAGCAACAACAUUGAACCGGCCCGAGCUGCAGGAGUUAGUGGUCUUGCCAGGGCCGCCUCAAAGGACACCAUAUCCAAUAACAGAGAAAAAAUCAAAGGCUGGAUUAAAGAGCAGGCGCAUAGAUUUGUAGAGCGUUAUUUCAGUUCUGAGAACAUGGAUGGAAGCAACCCUGCAUUGAACGUCCUGCAGAGACUUUGUGCUGCAACCGAACAACUCAACCUCCAGGUACCGUGCCUGGUGGAUGGUGGAGCUGAGUGCCUUGUAGAAAUCCGUAGCAUAGUCUCAGAGUCGGAUGUUUCAUCAUUUGAAAUCCAACAUAGUGGAUUUGUGAAGCAGCUAUUGCUUUAUUUGACAUCUAAAAGCGAAAAGGAUGCUGUGAGCAGAGAGAUCAGAUUAAAGAGAUUCCUUCAUGUGUUUUUUUCUUCUCCACUUCCUGGAGAAGAGCCCAUUGGAAGAGUAGAACCAGUGGGUAAUGCACCUUUGUUGGCAUUAGUUCACAAGAUGAACAACUGCCUCAGCCAGAUGGAACAGUUUCCAGUCAAAGUGCAUGACUUUCCGAGUGGAAAUGGCACAGGAGGCAGCUUUUCUCUCAACAGAGGAUCACAGGCUUUAAAAUUUUUCAACACACAUCAGUUAAAAUGCCAGUUACAAAGACAUCCAGACUGUGCAAAUGUGAAGCAGUGGAAGGGUGGACCUGUCAAGAUUGACCCUCUGGCUUUGGUGCAAGCUAUCGAGAGAUACCUUGUAGUUAGAGGGUAUGGAAGAGUAAGAGAAGAUGAUGAAGACAGUGACGAUGAUGGCUCUGAUGAGGAAAUAGACGAGUCUCUGGCUGCUCAAUUCUUAAAUUCAGGAAAUGUACGACACAGGCUACAGUUUUACAUUGGAGAACAUUUGCUGCCGUAUAACAUGACUGUGUAUCAGGCAGUACGGCAGUUCAGUAUACAGGCUGAAGAUGAACGGGAAUCCACGGAUGAUGAGAGCAAUCCUCUAGGAAGAGCUGGUAUUUGGACGAAAACUCAUACAAUAUGGUACAAACCUGUGAGAGAGGAUGAAGAAAGCAAUAAAGAUUGUGUUGGUGGUAAAAGAGGAAGAGCCCAAACAGCUCCAACAAAAACUUCCCCUAGAAAUGCAAAAAAGCACGAUGAGUUGUGGAACGAUGGAGUGUGCCCGUCAGUAUCAAAUCCUUUAGAAGUUUACCUCAUACCCACACCACCUGAAAAUAUAACUUUUGAAGACCCUUCAUUAGAUGUGAUUCUUCUUUUAAGAGUUUUACAUGCCAUCAGUCGAUACUGGUAUUACUUGUAUGAUAAUGCAGUGUGCAAGGAGAUUAUCCCAACUAGUGAAUUUAUUAACAGUAAGUUGACAGCAAAAGCAAAUAGGCAGCUUCAGGAUCCUUUAGUGAUCAUGACAGGAAACAUCCCAACAUGGCUUACUGAACUAGGAAAAACCUGCCCGUUUUUCUUCCCUUUUGAUACCCGGCAAAUGCUUUUUUAUGUAACUGCAUUUGAUCGGGACCGAGCAAUGCAAAGAUUACUUGAUACCAACCCAGAAAUCAACCAGUCUGAUUCUCAAGAUAGCAGAGUUGCACCUAGAUUGGAUAGAAAAAAACGUACUGUGAACAGAGAGGAGCUGCUGAAACAAGCAGAGUCUGUGAUGCAGGAUCUUGGCAGCUCACGGGCCAUGUUAGAAAUUCAGUAUGAAAAUGAGGUUGGCACAGGUCUGGGGCCUACACUGGAGUUUUAUGCACUUGUAUCUCAGGAACUACAGAGAGCUGACUUGGGUCUCUGGAGAGGGGAAGAAGUAACUCUUAGCAAUCCAAAAGGAAGCCAAGAGGGGACCAAGUAUAUUCAAAACCUCCAAGGCCUGUUUGCGCUUCCCUUUGGUAGGACAGCUAAGCCAGCUCACAUCGCAAAAGUUAAGAUGAAGUUUCGCUUCUUAGGAAAAUUAAUGGCCAAGGCUAUCAUGGAUUUCAGAUUGGUGGACCUUCCCCUGGGCUUACCUUUUUAUAAAUGGAUGCUACGGCAGGAAACUUCGCUGACGUCACAUGAUUUGUUUGACAUUGACCCAGUUGUAGCCAGAUCAGUGUAUCACCUAGAAGACAUUGUCAGACAGAAGAAAAGACUUGAACAAGAUAAAUCCCAGACCAAAGAGAGUCUACAGUAUGCAUUAGAAACCCUGACUAUGAAUGGCUGCUCAGUUGAAGAUCUAGGAUUGGAUUUCACUCUGCCAGGGUUUCCCAACAUCGAACUGAAGAAAGGAGGAAAGGAUAUACCGGUCACCAUCCACAAUUUGGAGGAGUAUCUAAGACUGGUUAUAUUCUGGGCACUAAAUGAAGGCGUUUCCAGGCAGUUUGAUUCAUUCAGAGAUGGAUUUGAGUCAGUCUUCCCACUCAGUCACCUUCAGUACUUCUAUCCAGAAGAACUGGAUCAGCUCCUGUGUGGCAGUAAAGCAGACACUUGGGAUGCAAAGACACUGAUGGAAUGCUGCAGGCCAGAUCACGGUUACACUCAUGACAGUCGGGCUGUGAAGUUCUUGUUUGAGAUUCUCAGUAGUUUUGAUAAUGAGCAGCAGAGGUUAUUUCUCCAGUUUGUGACAGGUAGCCCAAGAUUGCCUGUUGGAGGCUUCCGGAGCUUGAAUCCACCUUUGACAAUUGUCCGGAAGACCUUCGAAUCAACAGAGAACCCAGAUGACUUCCUGCCCUCCGUAAUGACCUGUGUGAACUACCUUAAGCUGCCGGACUAUUCGAGCAUCGAGAUAAUGCGAGAAAAGCUGCUGACGGCAGCCAGGGAAGGGCAGCAGUCAUUCCAUCUUUCCUGAUCACAGCGAGAAACGCAGUGUCUGCCUGUUACAGCAAAAGAGAAAAAUCAUGGUUUCUUUUCUAAAUGUAUCACCUGAGUCAAGGAAACAUGUUACGCCUUCUUGUUGUAGGAAAACGGCUUGCAGAUUAUAAAAGAGACACUUGGUUCCUAUUCAUUAAUGGCCCCAUGGACUUAAAGUGAUCAGGCCCUAAAACGUUGUUGUGAUGAGGUUUCUUUAGCAAGUUCUUGUUUAAAUUAUCGUUUAUUUGACGAGUGAAGUUUUUAACUUGCUUUGCUGUGUGAAAUUUAAAAAAGGGAUGUUUUUCCAGGCUGAAACAAUAAAUGUCGCUGUGCAGUUUAAUUCUGGGCUGUGUGUAUCCAUCUAGCUAAGUCUGCAGUUUUGUUUCCUCCAAAGACAACUCUUGUACAUAAGUACAGCAAUUAAAGCUCCCGUGUAUUUGACAAAUACAGUUUAGUAGGUGAGCUCUGUGUGCUUCUCACUUCCCUUGAGAUUCCCCGCCCUGACCCGUGUACUGUCUGUGCCGCUCACACAGGUUUUUUUGUAUACGGAACCCACAGUUGGUACAUCUUCGUCAGCCAUGGGCUUUCGUUGUUCCAUGUUCUCUCUCAAAUUAAGAUAUAAUUUAAAAUUCAUGGAAUUGAAAAACGUUGUCAAUAUAAUUCAGCCUUUGUAACUAGGUAGCCUUUUCUUAUAGCUUAGUUUUAAUAUAGUUGUAGGGUAUCACUGGCCUUGUACCAGGGACGCACUAGGACUGUUUACAUGGUGAUUCCGGCAACCGCCGCCUCUGGAAUGGAGGCAAGGAGAGCUCAUUCGUUUCUUUUGUGUAGGUUAAAAAGUCUGCAGCUUGGGCUGGCCAGUAUUUAUUAUUCUGUGGCCAGAGCAUUUUGAAUUGAUGUAUACGGUUUUAAGCAAAGUUAGCAGUUUUCAUUCCCUGUUGGAGUAAAAAAAAAAAGUUUUUCUCCCUUGUUCUCAUUUUAAGUUUCUGUUCACUGUCUUCUUUGGUUAUUCCGCUCUCCUCUUCCCCUCCUCCCCGUGCUCACGUGGGACAGACAGCUCAGCCUUUGUCUCCACACACAUCAAAGCACCUGUAAGCAAUGCUCUGUCCAGUUGUUUUAUGUGCUGAUUUCUCAAACCUGCAAUAAUUCAUCAGGUUCAUGUUUCUACCUGAAAAUAAAUAAAGUUUGCUUCA